AUGUCCUUUAUAUCGAAAAUCCCGGAGCGACAUGAUGAACAACCCAGCCAGCAGCACCAUCAACAACUGAGAAGGCAGCAACAACAGGUAGGCCACCAGCAGCAACAGCGAACAGAACGACAGCAGCGGCAGCAAAGGACACCGGAGCAAUUGCUUGUGCGUCUACCAGACCUACCAAGCAACGAUGCAUGCAUUUUUUACAAUGCUGAGUCUGCACAUUCAGCAGCAGGUGCCACACGAGCAGCAGCUGCACGCACAGCAGCUACGACGGCGAAAAAUUCAUUCGCCCCAGAGCCUCCGUCCUACCAUGAAUAUGCUUUCCGGCGGUGCUCGAGGGACUUCUUGCAUUGCUCAGGGUUGGAAGCCCUCUGUAGUGUUUCCACUCAUUUUUUUAGUGGAGAGCCCGCACCGCCGAAGGACCUCUCAAUCCAGCGUUCUGCACCAGUAGCAGCAGUGACAGGAGCGCCAGAUGGUACAUCGGGCUCCUUCGAUGGCUCUGUGCUGCAGCGCCAGGGGUUUUGCGUGUCGCCUCAUCAACACAGAAGCACACACGGCGGAAUUUACCUGCAGCAACUGCAGCAGCAGCGACCGCAGGAGCAGCAUUUACAGCAACAGAAGCAGCAAGUGCAGGAGCAGCAAGUGCAGGAGCAGGAAGUGCAGCGGCAGCAUUCGCAGCAGCAGCAACUGCAGCAGCAACGGAAGCAGCGACAACUGCAGCAGGUGCAACUGCAGCAGCAGCGGCAAGUGCAAGGAGGACAACAACUGCACGAGCAGCAGCUGCAUGAGCAUGAAGUGCAGCAGGGGCAAUCAUUGCACGGAUUGAAACAACAAAAGCUGCACACGCAGUCACCUGACCUUUUGUCGCAUCGAGAGGAAGGCUUCCCGACCCACCGCUCACCUCCAGAAGCAGCAACUAUCGCGGCUGCAGCCAGUGCGGAAGGAAGUUCAUCUGUUGCAACAGCUGCAGUGUGGUCGUAUUUGCAGGACGGUAUGGGACAAACCCGCGUUGACUUUAGAGAGCAGCAGCAUCACUUGAAUCCCUGCAGAGCCUUCCAGGAUCCGCUUCAAGCCCUACAGCAGCAGUACAAGCUGCAGCAGCACAAGCCACAACCGCACCCUGUCCAAGAGCGACAGCAGCAGCAAGAACAGCAAGUGCAGAGGCAGCAAAGGCACUGCGCGAGUGCUACUUGUAACCUACCUGUAUCAGUCCCCGCAGGGCGUAGAGCGGACAGCUGCUGCAACGUUUGCUGCGGCAAUGGCAGCAGUAGCAGCUGCAGCAACGCGCUCAAGUGUGUGUCAUCUGGACUUCCGAGUACUAGCCCCGUGUCUCCUGUACGGCUUGCCGUGGAGCAAGAGACUUCAACCGGAUGUACACAUUGCCGCAACAGCACAGAUUUCAGACAGCUCGAUUCGGUAAUCGGUAGAUUCCAAUGCUGCUGUCAUGGCAGCAGCCGUGCCCCUCGCAAGUCGAUUCAGCUGUUGACGGGCUCGACAACAGUGCAUGACUACUACCGCCUAGGAGAGCUAUUGUCUGUUUGCUCGCUACUCAAGCCCCUGCAGCAGGGACAGCACAGACUGAAGCCGGGUCAGCGGAAUGCAUGCCAAGGGGUGUCUCCAGGAGACGGCAACCGGCCGCUACUUUACCACGCUGUUACCGGGGACGAACGACGCGAAAAGAGAGUGCUCAAAGUUAUCAAGAAGAAGCGAGGGGCGCUGCAAUCUGAAGCAGAGAAUUCCUGGCGACGCAUGUGCACGCACUUGUUGAACCUGCCGCCUCACCCUAACGUUUUGUCGUUCGAGGCUGUCUUGGAGACUUCGGAGGCAUAUGUAUUCGCGUCUGAGCAACUGGAGGGUGGAGAGCUUUUUGACUUCUUGUUGCGGGAAAAGACGGUGCACGAGGACGUGUGUCAGUUCAUAAUGGUGCAGAUUCUCAGGGCGUUGGAUCAUCUGCACAGACACAACCUGCUUCACAGGGACGUCAAGCCCGAGAAUCUCAUGUUUCGCCGACGCGUACGCAGCCACGUUGCUUCUGCCGCUGCCACACGGCUGCAGCAGCGAAAUCAUCAGCAGGAAAGUCAACAGCAACUAGAGGUAGACGAAGAGGAAAAGAAACAUCUGGAAGAGGUGGAGAGAGCAACAGCAGGCGUAGCGCAGAGGGUCAACCGCAGCGCAGAGCCUCCUCUGUUGUCAAUGGAGGAGCAGCACGAGCUGCUGCUCAUAGACUUUGACACGUCGAUGUUCAUCGACGACCCUUCAGGAAAUUCUAAUGAGGCCGUCACUCCACAUCGACGGCUGGUGGGUACAUACGGCUACUUGGCACCUGAAGUGCUCAAGUCGGGCUGCUACACCCCUGCCUCGGACUUAUGGAGUGUCGGAGUUAUCCUGUAUAUCCUAAUGACGGGUUCCCCUCCCCUUCCGAUGGAGUUCAUGACGUCGGCACGUUCUGCUCUGGCUGUGGUGAAGCAGGUCUCCGAGCAACAAGGGGGUAUUGACUUCGAAGCUGCCUCGCUUGUUGAGUUUCCCUCGGCGCAAGACUUGUGUCGCAGACUCCUGGAGAUGGACCCAAGAAAACGUAUUCAGACAGCAGCAGAGGCACUAGAGCACCCAUGGCUCGAUUCGGCGCGAAAUCGGUCCUUGCCUGGCUGCCGAGGUUUAUCGCCCCCAGAGGACUCUCACGGACUUGCAGACACACACAAGGAAUCCAACUGGGCUCCCUCUCAACGCUGCCAGCACCAGACAGCCAUCGACGUUGCUUUAGUUGAUCCGGAGGUGACUUCUGAGCCUCCAAAUCAUGCGUCCAUUGGUAGUGGGGAUUCGCUUUCGUUCAUUCCUUUCGAGGUUGCAAACGACACGCUCAGCACAGAUGGUUGCAACAGGAACGUUGACCUUCCUGGGGAGAACCACGCACAGUUCGAUGGUGAAGGGCCCAUGGUGCUGCCAGCUUUUACACAAGAGGGAACGGCAUCAACGCAGGAGGCAGUAGCAUACUGCGCAAGAGCAGCAGUGAGAGGAGCGGGCGAAUCAUUAGGCGUCAUACCACUGUAUCCUCGUCUACCCCUCAUAGAUAGCGCUGCCACGUACGACCGGAAGACAUUUGGACGAAUCAGCAGCAACAGCAGCACCAGCAGCACCGGCAACAGUGGUAGCAGCAUCAAGAGCAGCAGCAGCGUCUCCCUCGGGAGUGCACCCGUAGCCUUGCUUCCCGCGGUGGCUGCAGAACAGCAGAGCUCAGCAUCAAAAUCCUGGAGCGAGUGCAGUAUUGACUCGGGACAGACAUGGUGUGGGAAGAGCCCUUUCCAGCCACUUCAUGCGACAGAUGCGUACCUUUUGAACCCCCGGAAGAGCAGUGACUGGAGCUGCGCGACAACUGUAGGGAGAACAGCAGGAGAAUACAGUAGCAGUAGCAGUAGCAGCAGUUUGGGUGGCAGCUUCAGCAGCUCAAGCUCUCUCUGCUGCACCCCCGAAUCUCAGUCCCCCAUCACGCGAGGACCCCCGUACUUGACGGAAGUGUGCAGCAGCAAGACUAUGUUGCCUUCCUGUCCUGCUAUCGCGUUUCGCGGUACCUCAGCGAAAGCUGAGGUGCCAUCUUUCGCUUCAGGGUUGCUUUUCGAAGACGGCUUCUCUUCUUCGAUCGGUACUAGCAGCAGCGGCACCCAUAACAAUUGCCGAAACAGCCACAGUGGCGCCCAAAUCCACAGUCAGAGCAACAACUACUACGUUGGGGGACCAGAAGAAGUAGAUGCUGCUCAGGAUGAUGAGUGGUGUGGUCUUGUGCGACCGCUACACCGAAGGGACAACACUCCGUUGCAGAGCCCCUUACCAGUGGCGCCAGGAAGUAUGCUGUGCGGACACGAGGCUUUUGGACCGACGCAGCUGGAGCAGCAGCAGCAGCAGCAAACGGUGAUGCUACAGAUGCAGCAAAUGUGGCACGUGCAGGGACAACAGCAUUUGCGAAAUAGACGGCGGGCUGCAAAUGGACUUGUAUGGCAAGAUGACCAAAUUGCACAGGAAGAUGGGAUUGUCAUGAACCAGAGCAGCUUUGCCGAAGACUGCACCCAGUACAGUGGCGUACCAGCUGCAGGGGCAGCAGUCGCAGCAGUAGGAGAUCAGUUGAGGCUGUCGCCGGUGGCCAGCAACCCUGAGUUUUUCCCAGCGGAGGCGGCGUCGCGGUUUGGCAGUUUUUCCAGGUCAAAGUGGAACCACGUUUUGGAUGAUCCUGCAGUAACGACCUCAAGACCAACAGCAGAGGCACCAAUGGACAAGACGCCAUGCAACUGGCAUGGAACAUGCGGCUCUGUGGGGAGCUACCUCUCCUUAGAGGAGUUCUCUAGUGACUGCUGGCAGUAUAAGCAGCAGCAGCUGCUGCAGGAACAGUGGCACUACCAGCAAGAACUUCACUCAAUGCCUUCAGUGCAGGCGAUUUCGUCAUCGAGCAGGCCGCAGCCCCUCGCGUCGUGCAACCGUCUUACUAUUGAAGAUGUGGAGGCCAGCCAGAACAGGCCUUCAUCCAUUAGGUUCCAUGCUGCAGAAACAGCGGCGAGGCAAGGGUUCACAACAAGCACCCACUCUCAAUGCUCGUCGAGGCGAAUGUGA